GGAUCCCUGUCUGCCUUCCGCUUCUGGGCUGGAUUGACACACAAUGAGGAGCAGAGGCAGGGGAGACGCUCCGCAAACACCGCUGUAAAUAAAUACAACAAUCACUGAGGCCAGAGAAACAUGGAGAACCAGUGCACGGUGCAGGUGAAGUUGGAGUUGGGUCACAGGGCUCAGCUGAAGAAGAAGGUAACAUCAGAAGGCUUCACACACGACUGGAUGGUGUUUGUCCGAGGGCCUGAGACCGGCGACAUCCAGCACUUUAUAGAUAAGGUCGUCUUCCGCCUGCACGAGAGCUUCCCCAAACCCAAGAGAGUAUGCAAGGAACCUCCGUACAAAGUAGAAGAAUCGGGCUACGCAGGCUUCCUCAUGCCUAUUGAAGUGUACUUCAAAAACAGGGAGGAGCCAAAGAAAGUCUGUUUCAACUACGACCUGUUUCUUAAUUUGGAGGGCAACCCACCUGUUAACCACCUGCGCUGUGAGAAGCUCACCUUCAACAACCCCACCAAAGAAUUUAGGAGAAAGCUCAUCAAAGCUGGAGGGAUACUGGUGGUCCCUGAGGGGGCUGAAGCUGUGUCGAGGCCCAGCCCGGACUACCCAAUGCUCCCCACCAUCCCCCUCUCUGCCUUCUCAGACCCCAAGAAGACGAAGACCUCUCAUGCAUCAAAGGAGUCGUGUGGAGGGAGGGACACCGGGAGAAACAGGAAACUGACUCCUUUACAUUUUCCAGAGCCGAUUCAGUUACAGUCCAGUGUGGAUCAGAUAAGGACUUUGUUUUUGAAAGGAGAUAAGACUUGCCUUUCACUGCUUUUGUUUUUGCAGCUCUUCUUGUCCCAUGAUUUAAAAAAAAUCUUCUUUUGCUCUCAGGGGUCUGGGGGAGGCGGGCCGGUCGAGUCCAAAGCUCCGGGGAAACGACCCUCCACAGUGGACUCCCCCAAACCCAGCGCUAAGAAGCAGAAGAAGGCCAGCUCUGAGGGGCUGAAAGGGCCGAGCAGAGGGGCUUUUACCGGAACGUCUCCUCGCGUCUCCUCCUCCUCAGCACCCAGCCAACCCUACGGCGAGAAGAAACCCUCCAAGGAUAAAGGCCGCUGGGCCAAGGGCAAAAAUGACACGCAGGAGCUGAAGGAACCUAAGAAACCUCUGGAGUCAGAGGAGUCAAAUUCAGAAGACGAAGCAUCGUCGAAGUCAGAGUCGGCUCCCUCGAGUCCUUCCAACUCCAGUUCCAGUUCUGACUCCACUUCAGACUCKGACUUCGAGCCGGGACAGAAACAAGGACAAGGGCCCCUGCGAUCGAUGGUGGAACAGAUCCAGUCGGAGGAGUCGGACGAUGACGACAGCAGCUCUGAAGAAGAGACGCCCAUCAAGACCAACCCGCCCAACCGCGAUUCUCGACUCAGCCUGGACAGCGAGAGUGACAGCAGUGACGGCUCGCACCGCCCCAGCCGAGACCCCGCCCCUCCCCCACAAAAACACAGCUCCUCCAACAUCAAAGUCGUCCGAAAGAGUCCAGAUUCCUCUUUUCGCUCAGAGAAGGUGAUCAAGAAGGGAUACGACAAGGCCUACACCGAGGAGCUGGUGGACCUCCACCGCAGACUGAUGGCUUUAAGGGAGCGCAACGUACUACAGCAGAUUGUCAACCUGAUUGAGGAGACGGGCCACUUCAACGUAACAAACACCACCUUUGACUUUGACCUCUUUUCACUGGACGAGUCCACUGUCCGCAAACUACAGAGCUACCUGGAGGCGACGGCCACGUGACAGGAAGUGGAGGCCGGCGCGUGGACGUCAGCGGCGGAGGUAGCCUCGUCACUGCUUCUGCUCCUGGAGGGAGGGGCGCGCGUCCGCCGCGGCYCCCCCGCGAGCCUGACUGAACGACUACCACACAGACAGAAACACGAUCGCAAGCACACGACACCGCCUUCACAUGACGCCGGGGGGAGAGGAGGGGGUGAGGAAACCGGAGGAGGAGGUGUGAGGAAACACUGGAGUAUCUGAACUCCGUCUAGUCAGGAUUUUUCACUACACGUCUCUCGUUCUGAGCUGUGGAAUUCGCCCCCCACUCCCUCCUUCGCCUUCCUGCACUUACAUCGCUCCGGCCUUUUGCAAACCUAAUACUUCCCCUCCUCYUCCUCCUCYUCCUCCUCCUCCUCACAUGUACACUCCUAACUUAGUGGAACAACACUCCAGUCCCACCGCCCCCACCCCUCAUUGUCAGCUGGACCUCAUUUCUCUCCCAAAGUCCUCUUGAGUUGUGCGAAUGUGAGCUUGUCUGUGCACAUGUGUGUGUGUGUGUGUGUGAGAGAGAGAGCACUGCUGAGGUUUAAGAGAUGUCUUCGUGGUUAUUGAUGUCUUUUUUUGUUUGUUUUGUUUAUGAAACUUGAGCACAAACAGCCGGUUCCGUUCCUCCCGCCAACACACGCCGACACAAACACGUUUAGGUUACGCUUCACUCUGAACAACCCGACACACAUUUUUGUCACGAAUUGUUGGCACCGUAACUCUUUAAAAAAUGCUUAAACACGCUGAACUUACCUUUGUAAGCUGGAGAUAMGUGAAUCUUUGAAAGGCACGUUAAACGCUGGUGACUUUUUGUCGUGUUUAGUCGCUCAUUAGCUCCUGUUUUCUGGUUACCUGACAGAUUAUUUGGGCUGCAGGGCUGCCUCCAGCUUGUUCUCCAUUAAGUUAAUUAAAAACCGGAAACUCUUUGACUCAGAGCUGAAGACGCACACCAGCCGCUGUGUCACCGGAGCCUGUAAAGUCACACUCUGGGCGUUAUUUGGACAGCGUAGCGUUUUCCUUUCUUCAAAUAGUGCCUGCUAAGAACGUAAAAUCAAAUCAAGGGGUCUACAUCGUGUAAAAUAUGUGGAGCAGAUGUAAAGUCAAAGCUCCUCUUGUAGACGCGUUAGUCUGGGUUGCAGUUUUAUUAGGUGAUGAAUGACGAUAAAAUGAAAAACGUCUACAGAAUAAAGUAUUUAUAGUGUGUAAAAAGCAUUUUUUAAAAGUUUUUGGUGCUUGUAAAGGGCUGUGGUGUGGUUAAGGUGGAGUAGUACCCUGAUAAAUUUUUUUUCUCAUCACACACACAAACACGCCGUGUGUUCUCCAAGUCUCGGCUCAGGUUUUUUUUUUUUGCUGUCUGAGCGUUUUAAAGACACACGUUCUGUUGAGUUUUCCCUCUCCGCUUUCUCGCACUGAAAGCUGAGACUUGACCUCCUGCCGACAGCAUCCCCCCCCCCYCCCCUGCCAUGAAAGGCCCCUCGCUCCCUCCCCUCCUCCUCUUCCUCCUCCUCUUCUCCUGUUCCUUGUAUUUGCGUGUAUGAAAGGGCUCGACUGCUCGCGGCCAGAGCACUGGAGGAUCGCUCCUGAAUUGCCUUCUAGGUGGUGGGUCRGGCCGGGUGUGAGGGGGCGAAUUUAAAAAAAGAAGAAAAAAAGAAGCCGUGAAAAAGUAGCCAUACUUGUUUCCCAGGAUCCAAAAAUAAGAAACUUAUCAGUGGGGCGGGGUGGGCCACACUUUUUUACAUUUUAUUUUUCUACAAGUGCUUUUUGUGUAACGAUUCCCAGACAGAUAACCUGUGAGCUUUGAAUGUAUAUUGCUUUUACUUUUCUAUGGCUAGCAACAGCCCCAAUCUAGUGCCUUUUUCCUGCAACUUGCAGCAUAAAUGGGGGGGUAUGCUCUCUGUUUAGUCAUGCUCACACAGAUUAAAGACCACCCCCCCUACAAUGCCCCUCCUGGGGAUACAAGUGUUAAUUGGGAUGCCUGAAUAUCCAGUAUUGUCUUAAUAGCUUCCAUUCCCGCUUCUCCUUUCCAGUGUCUUUGUAGGCUSUUAUCCUUUUAUCAAUAAUAUCUCUGUUUCACGAAGCCUCCUAGAUAAUAGUUCUCCUUUUAAUUGUGGUAAUUUUUUUUUUGUUCCUGCUCUUUGAGAUUAGGUUUAGAGUUAGGAAAGCAUCAGAUGACUGUGGUAGUUUCUCACUUUAAUUAGCUCUCCUAAGAGCCGUGUCGGUCGUGUUUUUGUGUUUUUGUGAGAGUGUUUUUUGUCAAAAGAAGAAAARAAGAAGAAGAAGAAAAGAUGUAGGCUCCCUCUUUGAGUAUUUGGACUAACGAUGGAGCGUUCGAUCCCAAGAUGCCAGGCACUUACACAGCAACAAUAAUAAACACGCAAGCAGAAAAACGAGGCAAAGUAAAUCACUUUUUUCCCCUCCCUGUCUCGCUCUCACUAAAAGAUUGAAAUGUGUUUUCACAGAGGCCUGAGUCAAGAAGCCAGGUUGUUGGAUUAGAUGUAAGAUUUGGACCGACGCGCUCUUAAAACCAGAUCAUUUUAAACUGUUUUGGGCUGAGUUGGUUUAUGAAUGAGCAUAACACAACAAAACACGUCAUUUAUUUUUUUAAAUUUCAUUUAAACAGCUAGUGGCAAAACCAGUAAUCAUUUCUUCUUUUAUUUAUUUAUUUUUAUAUUUUAUACCUUUGUUAGGGGCAGCAUGUAUAUUAUUGUAUCAAUAUUAUUGACAUUAGUAUAAAAAAAUAACUUUAAUGCAACUUCUAACAUUCAGUCUGGUAGUUCUUAUGUUCUUUAUGACCAAAAUAACACCACUGGAAACAUUCUGAUUAAUUUACUGAUUUGCACUGAGCAUAAAUAUAAUGGAAAAUAGAAAAAAACUUGUACUCUGUAGUACUCUGCUGACUUGUUGUUGCAAAGGUUGCAUUGAAAUAAACAUUUUAAAUUCGUACAGUAGCUAUAUAAACAGUCCAUUACUGCAGAUCAGAGAACAACUUGGUUAAAAACUAUUUUAUAAGUAAGAGUAGGGCUGCACAUUAUGUAAGGUUGGGCAAAAUUAUGUUGUGUGUAAUUAAUAGUUUGUUAAAGUGAUCCAUGGUUAGUUGUAACAUUAGACUUUAUUUGAUAAAUAUAUAUUUUAACUGUAAAAUAAAGACUGUAAAAAUA